AGUAAAUUGCCGGCAAUUGCCAAAUAUUAUCUGUUCCAUAAUUGAUUUCGAUUGCAAUGAAACGAUUUGAGGUUAAUUCUUUAUCUUAGAUUUAUCUUUAACGCGAAUAAUUGGCGGGAGAAAAUUUAGCGGUGCCAUUCGAUAUUGUGCCGGUGUUCAACUUUUGAGUUAGCUAAUAUAUUACAGCAGUUUGGUUCUACAUUGAAUGCCCAACAGUGUGUUCACAGCGUAAAUAUUUUUGAAAGUCUGAUCAUUUGUGAUAUUUGUCACGUUGUUGUUCAUAUAAAACUACAAUUCAGUUGAUAUAAUAUUUCUUCAACAAGUUUUAAAUAAAAUUUAUUUCAAAAACAAAAGGAAAACACACACUAUAAUGGCUCAGUCAUACGGACUAAAUUUGGGCGAUGCGAUCAUUGAAGGAAAAACGAAAAUAGUUUACGAAAUACUCAACACCGAUAACGUGUUGAUGGUGAGCAAAGACAGAAUAACUGCGUGGAACGGAGUUAAGGGUGACGAUAUGCAAGGCAAAGCAGCUAUAUCGACGGAAACAACGACGGCUAUUUUUGAAAUUUUAAACGAUAUAGGUAUACCUACGGCUUUUGUUUCCAAGAAUAUCGGCCACGAUAACACUUUUAUUAGCAAAAAUUGCGAUAUGGUUCCCAUUGAAUGGGUAACGCGACGUAUCGCUACUGGAUCUUUUUUGAAACGUAACCCGGGCGUUGAAGAAGGUUAUCGUUUCUCUCCUCCGUUGUUAGAAACAUUCUUCAAAGAUGAUAAAAACGACGAUCCCCAAUGGUCCGAGCAACAAUUGUUGUCAGCCAAGUUGAACAUUGCCAAUGUGCUAAUAGGAAAAGCCGAGUAUGAAAUAAUGAGAAAAACUACCAUCUGCGUAUUUGAAGUAUUGGAAAAACUGUGGGCUGCCAAGAACGUUGCCCUAGUCGAUAUGAAAAUCGAGUUUGGAAUAAACUCUGAAGGAAAAAUAUUAGUAGCUGAUGUUAUUGACAACGAUUCAUGGAGAUUGUGGCCAAGCGGCGACAAAAGACUUAUGGUCGAUAAACAAGUUUACCGCAAUUUAAGUACAGUAACUGCUGCCGACAUGGAAACAAUAAAAACAAAUUUUAAAUGGGUAGCCGAUCAAGUUCAAAGUCUCGCUCAGUCUUGCAAAGGCUUGGUUGUUAUUGUUAUGGGAUCGAGUAGUGAUGAAAGUUAUGGUAAGAAAAUAGCUCAGUAUACGACCAGUUUUGGUAUUAAUACCGAAAUAAGAAUAGGAUCGGCUCAUAAAAGUACACAAUUCGUUUUGAGCAUUAUAGAUCAAUAUGAAGGUUUAAACGUUCCAGUCGUCAUAAUAGCCGUAGCCGGACGCAGUAACGGGCUAGGCCCAGUUAUUGCGGGAUACACCAGUUUGCCCGUUAUAAACUGUCCACCUUUAAAUUCAUCCAACGUUAAUCAAGAUAUUUGGUCUUCGCUGAACGUACCUUCUGGGUUGGGCUGUGUGACGGUGCGAGAAGAACUAGGAGCUGCGUUAGCUGCAUCGCGCAUUAUAGGGCUAAACGAUCCUUUGGUGUGGUGCAAGCUUAAAGCUCUACAACUAGAAAAAUAUGCUGAUUUGAUAUUAAAUGAUAAAGAAAUUUCAGGUACAUUUGUGUUACAAUAAUAUUGUAUGGCAAAAAAAAUUUAUCUCAUUAUUCUUCAAACCGCUGUUUAAUUGUCGUUAAUUUUUGUCGUUUUAAUUUUUGUACCUUUAGAUAGUUAGAAUAAUUCGGUCAAAAAUAAUAAGUUUAAGUUGAAUAAUUUAUUUAUAUUAUUUUUAAUAUUUAUAAAUAUAAAGUUUGAAUAAACGAUAACUAUUUAACCACUAGAC